GUUGGAUGCUUGUCCUCAAGUAAUUGCUUUUCCCACGCCUCUCUUGAUGCGGCACGGUGUAUUUUUGUGGAAUCAUCCUUCUAGAACGAAGGGAAAAGACCUCGUGAUAGCAAAUUCGAUUAUGUUGGCAACGUUACAACAACCCCACCGAGACCCGUGUUAUGUAUGACAUCAUUGACUAUUUUUACCCUGCUAGCCCCGGGACAGAUUCCGGAGAGGAUUAAGGUGGCCGGACUGUCGGCUACAAGCUUCAGGGUUUCAUGGAGAACCUUACCCCUUGUCGAUCACAAUGGACCAGACCUUCGGUACCUUGUAUCAUGGCGACUUCAGAACGAGACGUGUUGGAAACUUAACCUAUGGAAGACAGCGACAGUUGGAGGGUCUAUGUCAUCUUACGUCGUGCGAAACGUCACGUCCGGUCUGCUGUAUGAGGUGACUGUCCAGGCUGCCAACUCUAAGGGACAGGGACCGGUAUCGGCACCGCGUCAUGGACAGUCAUUGCCAGCUCUCAAGCGUGCUCCAGUUUUGAUCACACCAAAGAGAGAAUUUAACGCCAGCAUAUCAAGUACAGUUGAACUGACCUGUGAUGCUGUGGGUGCCGUCAGGUCCAGGCGAUUAUGGUUUAAUGAAGCACGAAUUGUCCCCACCAAACUGAUACAAGGCACGGGGUCGCUACUCCUGGAUAAAGUACAUUUUAAGGACGAGGGAUGUUACAAGUGCUACGCCGAAAAUGACCGUGGCUCUACUGAAGGAUGCCGUUGCCUGCGGGUCUACGGUUCGAGAAACAUUACAACGACUCAGACAAGCAUUACCCAGCCGCUCAGUAAAAUACAUUCACUGUUUGUCUGCCGUAUGCCUCCUACUAGUCACUAGCUAGAAAUAAAUGUUACUGUUAUGUAACCUAUGUUCUAACCAUAGUAGUACACUAGUAUCAGCUAGGAUGCACUGCUGAUGGUUGUUUGACUGGUAACUGUUGAAUGUAAGUAUAGGUGUGCCCGCUGUUUUAAAACAUGUCGGUCCUAAACAGAUGCUGGCUUUAUAUCGCCUUUGUGUGUAAUUAUGAACUAUGUCUAUCAGACGGUUAUUUCAAUAAACAGUAAACCGACUAAUCACUCAAAUU